AUGGACCUGCUUAGCCCACCGCUAGCGACGUACGUGUACGACCCGUCGUCCUUCUCGCCCUUCCUCUCUUUCUCGCCGAACUCGGCCACGCCGAUGUCGGUGCCCCUCGUCACCCCGGCCCCGGCCCCACCACCUCCUCCGCUUGCCAAGUCGGUGCCCAAGCUCGGUGUACUGCAGCUCAACACGUCGUUUCCGAGACCUCCAGGGGACGUAGGGAACGCCGCGUCAUGGCCGAUGCCAACGGUGGUCCGCGUUGUCGAGGAGGCGAAAACGGCAACGGUCUUGAGCGGCAUGUGGGGGAGUGAGCUGGUCGACGCCUUUGUGCGCGAAGGGGAGAAAAUGAUGGCCGAGGAGGGGGUUGUCGCGUUUGUGACGAGCUGCGGCUAUCUUGCCACCAUGCAUUCCACGUUGUCCGCCAAGCUUCCGUUCAUGGGCACGAGUGCCCUCCUUCAAGUUGCCUGGCUGCAGAUGAGCUUUUUCCCUGGUCCAGACAGCUACCGAUCAGUGGGGAUCAUCACGCUCAAGCGGAGCGCCUUGACGGAACGGCAUCUCAAGAGCGUCGGGGCGCAUCCUGCAACGCCGAUCGUCGGCCUGCCAGAGUCGUCCAACCCGUCGGACGCAAUCUUCAAGGCUGUCUUGGAGGAGAAGAUUCCCUACGACUAUGCGGGGAUGCAGCGCGAGGUCGUGGCGGCCGCUCGCACACUGAUGCGCGAGUUCCCAACGCUGCGCGCCAUCGUGCUGGAGUGCACCAACAUGCCGCCAUUCACACGCGCAGUAGCCGAGGCAACAGGCUGUCGAGUGUGGGAUAUUCUCACUCUCGGCAAGUGGCUCUACUGUGCCGCUGUUCCGCCCGAUUUCUCGCUCCAGAGUACGAUUGCGACAGGCGGAGCGUUGAUGGGAGGAGGUUUGGGUGCCAUGGAAGGCGCAGCAGCAUUCACGGCCCCGCCAGCACCCGCACCGGCGUCGGCAGCGGCCAACCGCGGCGGUAUUAGCGGCAUCGUCGGUGUCGAAGAGUGGCUCGAAUGGAAGAAGGCCCACGCCCCCGGCGGCGCUGGCCUGCAGCAUAACCAGGCGCAGGCUCAGCUCCAGCGGCAGAGUACAAGCCCGGCAUCGACGACGAGCCCGGCGGGAGCGCCGCCGCCGCCGAGCGCACCAGAAGUCAACCCGUUUGAAGGUGGUUUCGUCCCAGGAGUCCACUUCGGAUUGUAG